AGACCCCAACCAAUUCCUGGUACUGGAACUCGAUCCACUGUCCAUCUUCCCCGUCUACUCUUUCCUCACCGUCACACUGUCGCCGCCGCCGCCGCGACCGCGACCCCGCCGGCCGACGAGAUGAGAGCCGCCGCUGCGGCCUCCUUCCAUCUGGCACCCGCUACGAACCCGGCCCAUCCCCGCGGCUCCACGACAGACUCCUGUUCCCUGAAACCUGCACCGACUGCUCAGCCACCUCGCCUCCGUUCGCUCGCCCGCCGCGCGCCUCUCGUCUGCGCCUCUCUCGGGAUAUCUCAUGAUAAAGGGUCUGAUAUUUCCGACCCCAAUGUUGUUGGCCAGAAUGAUUUACUGAUUGUGGGCCCUGGUGUUCUUGGACGAAUUGUAGCUGAGAAGUGGCAAAAGGAGCAUCCAGGUUGCAAAGUUUAUGGCCAGACUGCAAGCAAGAAUCAUCACAGUGAGUUAACAGAUCUUGGCAUCAUCCCCUCAUUGAAAGGCACCACUAUUCAUCAGAAGGUUCCACAUGUUAUUUUCUGCGCUCCCCCGUCCAGUUCAGAUGAUUAUCCUGGGGAUGUUAGAUUGGCAGCAUCAAAUUGGAGUGGUGAAGGAUCUUUCCUGUUUACAUCAAGUACAGCUCUGUAUGACUGCAGUGACAACAGCAUGUGCAACGAGGAUUGUUCGUCAGUGCCAAUUGGCAGGAGCCCUCGUACUGAUGUACUUCUAAAAGUGGAAAAUGUUGUUCUUGAGGCAGGAGGCUGUGUUCUUAGGCUAGCUGGACUUUAUAAGAUAGACAGAGGUGCUCAUGUUUUCUGGUUGAGGAAAGGAACGUUAGACACAAGACCAGAUCAUAUCAUCAAUCAGAUUCAUUAUGAGGAUGCCGCUUCCCUUGCAGUAGCAAUCAUGAAAAAGAGACUGCGGAGUCGGAUAUUUUUGGGCUGUGACAACAAGCCCCUUUCCAGGCAAGAGAUAAUGGAUGCUGUUAACAAAAGUGGGAAAUUUGACACGAAGUUUGAAGGCUUUACUGGUACUGACGGUCCAUUGGGGAAGAGAAUGGAGAAUUCGAAAACUCGGGCUGAGAUCGGUUGGGAACCGAAGUAUCCAAGCUUCACCGAAUUCCUUGGUAUCAGCAGUUAACAUCCUUGCAUACUUGUCAGUUACUCUGACUCAGCUGUGUAGCAACCACGAUUAGAUUGUACCAUCGUUUGAAUUUGAUAAUGGUCUCAACUGGUGAGGGUGCAUAUCUUAGUCUACUCCGGGCCUGUCCUCAGUAUUUUUUGAUUCUCACACUUUUUGUGUUGUGAACCAGACUGAUGCAACCCCACCCCUCCAGGCAACAUAUAUAUACUGUCACGUGAGUCGAUUUGUCGAUCAUGAACAUA